CUGGGACCUCCCGGUCCUUACCUGCUUCCGGCUUUCGCUGCUUCCAUAUCCGCUCCUCUAGUCGCCCUCCGCUGUCCCCGCCUUCGUCCCCGGAAGAUUGGGUCCUCUGGCCAGCCACUGUUUGCCGUUUGUACGGGCACCAAAUAAAGUUUCUUUAUUCAAAAGCACUUUUUUUUUUAAAAGCCACACUACCCCCAUUCUCAGCUCCUCCUUCGCGGCAGUAACGCCUCUGUUUCUGCGGCGGUUGAGCGCCGAUCUUUGCGGCCGGGAUCGCGGAACGUAAUGGCUGUCGUCCCGGCGUCUCUCUCAGGACAGGACGUGGGAUCAUUUGCAUAUCUUACAAUUAAAGACAGAAUACCACAGAUCUUAACUAAGGUUAUUGAUACAUUGCAUCGACAUAAAAGGGAAUUUUUUGAGAAACAUGGAGAGGAAGGCGUGGAAGCUGAAAAGAAAGCUAUUUCUCUCCUUUCUAAAUUACGGAAUGAAUUGCAAACAGAUAAACCAAUUAUCCCCUUGGUUGAGAAAUUUGUUGAUACUGAUAUAUGGAAUCAGUACCUAGAAUAUCAACAGAGUCUUUUAAAUGAAAGUGAUGGAAAAUCAAGAUGGUUCUACUCACCAUGGUUGUUCGUAGAAUGUUACAUGUAUCGUAGAAUUCAUGAAGCAAUUAUCCAGAGUCCGCCAAUCGAUUACUUUGAUGUAUUUAAAGAAUCAAAAGAGCAAAAUUUCUAUGAGUCACAGGAAUCUGUCAUUGCUUUAUGUACUCAUCUGCAACAAUUGAUAAAAACUAUUGAAGACCUAGAUGAAAAUCAGCUGAAAGAUGAGUUUUUUAAACUUCUGCAGAUUUCACUGUGGGGAAAUAAGUGUGAUCUGUCUCUCUCAGGUGGAGAAAGUAGUUCUCAGAAGACCGAUGUACUAAAUUCAUUGGAAGACCUAAAACCUUUCAUUUUAUUGAAUGAUAUGGAACAUCUUUGGUCAUUGCUUAGCAAUUGCAAGAAAACAAGAGAAAAAGUUUCUGUUACUAGAGUGUAUAUUGUUCUCGAUAAUUCUGGGUUUGAGCUUGUUACAGAUUUAAUAUUAGCCAACUUCUUGUUGUCCUCUGAACUGGCUACUGAGGUUCAUUUUUAUGGAAAAACAAUUCCAUGGUUUGUUUCUGAUACUACUAUACAUGAUUUUAAUUGGUUAAUUGAACAGGUAAAACAUGGUAAUCAUAAGUGGAUGUCCAAGUGUGGGGCUGACUGGGAAGAGUAUGUUAAAAUGGGUAAAUGGGUUUACCACGAUCAUAUAUUUUGGACUCUGCCUCAUGAGUACUGUGCAAUGCCUCAGGUUGCUCCCGACUUAUAUGCUGAACUACAGAAGGCACAUUUAAUUUUAUUCAAGGGUGAUUUGAAUUACAGGAAGUUGACAGGUGACAGAAAAUGGGAGUUUUCUGUUCCAUUUCAUCAGGCUGUGAAUGGCUUCCAUCCCGCACCCCUCUGUACCAUAAGAACAUUAAAAGCUGAAAUUCAGGUUGGUCUGAAGCCUGGGCAAGGGGAACAGCUCAUGGCCUCUGAGCCCUGCUGGUGGACCAGUGGAAAGUAUGGAAUAUUUCAGUACGAUGGUCCCCUUUGACUUGAUUUAGGAGCUCUCAGUUGCAUAGAAAGAUCUGACAAGCACCUUUUUAUCCCCAGAAAAGGAGCGCGUGAAUUGAGUCGCCUGGCGACUGGCUCUGUACAUGCUCUGGGAAGCUUGGCUUCUCCGUGCCCAUCUACAUACACUGGAUGAUUUUUCUUUUUAACAUUUUGCCCCACUACACUGUUUUGGGGAUAGAUGGGUUAAGCAAGUUACAGAUAAUUAACAUUUAUAUUGGAAUUUUAGCAACUUUUUUUCAGGUUAAAUACAUCAUUUCAAGUGCUUUUAAUGAACUUAAUUGGCUAGGAAGCAAAAAAUAAGCAAGUUCUGCUUUUAGUUAACCCUAUUCUUUUCUUAAAUAGUACACUGCAUGGUAUUUAAUAUUCCAGGAAGCAUGGAAUUUUAUUUUGCUUGAUUUUGGGCUCAUGAAAUAAUAGCUCUGUGAAAAUGCACAUCUUAAUGACUCUCUGUAAAGAGGCAUUCCUUACAACUGUGAUGUUUCCUCACAUAAAAGUUACCUCAUAAGUUAAUUCUAACUUUUAUUCUCCUUGAAUUUUAUUUCAUUUCAAUAGCUUGUUUCAUUUGCACACCUUUGUAUUUUGAUUGACCUGUAGAAUGGAUGUUAGGAAACCCAGAAUUGAACACAGUGAAAUAAAUGGUAUUUUAAGAAAUGUGAUAUCUUUUAUAUUCUAUUUAUGAUAUCCAUAAUCAAAUGAGAUUAUUUUACCACAUAAGUGUUUUAAAUAAACAGAUUUUUAGUUUGCAGUUUUAGGAAAAUGCUUUAGAUAGAAAAGGUUCUUACGCAUUGAAUUUGGAGUACUACCAACAAUGAAUGAAUUUAUUUUUUAUAUUCUUACACAUUUUAUUGGUCAUUGUCACAGAUACUAAAUACUAAAAAUUUCAGGUCAUUUUGUUUUGAAACUGAAAUUGGAAAUAAAUCUGGAAAUGUUUUGUUGCACUAAAAUAAUAAAAUGAGUUGUACUGAAAA